AUGGAGAAUGCAGCCGCCCCGUCUUCGCCAUCCCCGCAUCCAGCCGAGGCUGACCGCGACCCGACCACUACUACAAUGGCGAGCAACUCGGACAUUUCCUCUGAAGAAGAAGAAGAAGCGCACGCUGGGAGCGCGGAACUACUUCUCCCCCACACUGUUGUCCGGUUGAUUCAGUGUCGCCGCUGCUCGCGGCCACUCCGGGGCCCGCUCCGUUUGCCGUGCGGGAAUACCGUGUGUCGGUCGUGUUUGCCGCCCGUUCGGCCGCGGACUGGGGUUACGUAUCCCGUGGCCCAGGAACGGGAGCAGGGCUUUUACUGUCACUGGGAUGGGAUUGAGGGGUGUGUUGGGGAACACUGUGUUGGUGAUUGUGGGGUUGAUGUCUUGCUGGGCAAGGUGGUCGGGGUGUUUGAUGAGGUAUUGGCCAGGCCAGCAGUGGACGCGGAGUUUCGGAAGCAGAUGGAGGAUAAUGCUUUGAUGGUCCGAUGGCAGGUGGAGGAACAAGACUCAUCGAAUCGAACGGUGCAAAGCGCGCGAUUGGCGCGGCGUGGCCCGCUGGAGGGUCUAUACAGCCUGGCACUUGAGGGCCGGUUCCCUUGCGAUGCCUCUGACGUCGUCUAUGAGGACAGUGCAGUCAUAGAGGGAAGAACAGAGCGGGAUAACGCCAUCUUUUCCUCAUUACGAGACAGCCUACGGGCCGAGCUUGACUGCCAGGUCUGUUACGCCCUCAUUCUGGAUCCCCUCACGACACCCUGUGGCCACACUUUCUGUCGCAAAUGUGUUGCACGGGUCCUGGACCAUACCGAUCUGUGUCCGAUAUGCCGCCGGAAACUAGGAAUGCCUGCUGCCAUGCAAGCAGAGCCUGCGAACCACACCCUGGUGCGGGUGAUCGAUUCCUUCUUCCCCAGUCAGAUUGCCGCUCGACGGGAGGCCGCCGAUCAAGAUGAGACUGGGACAGACCUUGGAAAUAAUCUGCCGCUUUUCGUGUGCACGCUGUCUUUCCCGACGAUGCCGACUUUCCUGCAUAUCUUCGAGCCUCGAUAUCGGCUUAUGAUCCGGCGGGUGGUCGAGGGUGGAGGUGGUAAAUUUGGGAUGGUCAUGUAUAGCCGGCACGGGUGGCCGCGGGGCGAGAGGUUGGGAAAUGUCCCGUUUGUGCAGUAUGGGACGCAACUGAUGGUCGAGCGAUAUGAGUUGCUUCCGGAUGGUCGCAGUCUCGUGAUUGCGACAGGGGUGUCGCGGUUCAAGGUCGUCGAAUCGGAGAUGCUGGAUGGAUAUUAUGUGGCCAAAACAGAGCGCGUGGAUGAUAUUCCUCUGGCGGAAGAAGAGCGACUCGAGUCGAUUCAGACGGCGUCAGUGCCUACUCCGGUCUCUGCGGAUACCACCAUCGAACCCCCCCUGGAGUCAUUGUCUACUCAGCAGCUCCUUGACUUGGGGCGGGACUUUAUUACCAGACAGCGCAGAAGUGGUGCACCAUGGCUUCAUCCACGUGUCAUGCUAGCAUACGGACCUGUCCCAACCGAUGCAGCCCGGUUCCCGUGGUGGUUUGGGAGUAUACUGCCCAUAUCCGAAGGAGAGAAGUAUUCUCUAUUGUCCGCGAUCAGCGUGAGGGAGCGGCUGAAGAUUACUGCCCGGUGGGCUCGGGAGCUGGAGGCCCGAGAUAGCCUAACCCCCGACAAUCUCAUGUCCUUAACGCCAUUCGCCUUCUCGAUGUCAGUAUCCUUUGGCGGCUCAGGACCCGCGGCGUUCCUGGAAACCAGCCCGCCUAUCCCCGGCGCCGACCAGUCGUCAGAGACGUACAUUCCGCAGACCCUGGUGGUGGGCGCGUUUGUACUCAUCUUUUUCGCGCAGGUGGGUGUCAAUUUUCUACAGGUUGUGCGACGCGGACGGCGCCGACGACAGGCGAUGGAGCUGCAGUUUCCGCAGCCUUUGCCGCAGCGAGAUCGAGGUCAACGCCGAACUCAAAACAGAGAUACACAAAUAAAUCACGACGACGGGGAUGUACCCAAUGCACAAAAUGACGGAGAGGGACGCUCUGUCCCUUGA